AUGACAAUCAUAUCUAAUAAUGGUACAACAAAACAAAAACCACGCAUAGAUCUUAAUGGAUAUUCAUAUAUAAUGGACCGAUCAACAAGUGAAAAGACUUGCUGGUGUUGUAUCAAGUCUCAUUCACAUUUUUGUCAUUCUCGUCUUCAUACAUGUAUUAUUACAUACAAUGUCAUCAAAUCACCAACACCGCAUACAUGCUCAAUUGAUGGUACAACACGUGGACUUCGAAAAUUCGACGAACAAAUCACUUUUCGUUCUCUUAAUACUCAAGAAACACCACACAUUAUAAUCACACAUUGUUAUAAAGGCUUGUCUGAUCCAGCAUUAGCUCGUUUACCAACACGUGAUAAUAUUAAACGAAGAAUAAAAAAAUUACGUCAAGAAAAAGAUAUUAUUCAAGCACCUAAUGAUCUAAAUUUUCCAGUCGUUCCAGUUCAAUUGACGAAAACUUUUCGUCAAAAUCAAUUUUUACGUUGUGACACAGGAUCUGUUGUUCCAGAGAUAUUCUAUCAACUUUAUAUUAUUUAUUCGGUGUAUCGUAAUCAUGUAAUACCCGUGAUUUAUGCAUUAUUACGUCGAAAAGGUGCUGAAACAUACAAGUGUUUAAUUACUGAAAUUCUCAAGUUUACACCAUGUUGGCUUCUACAAACAUUGAUGUUAGAUUUCGAACAAGCUUGUGUUAAAGUUUAUCAAACAAGCUUUUCAACUGUUCUAUUAGAUUGUCUCCGACGAAACAAUAUCAGACGAAAACCUCUAUUCGAUAUUGAUUUUUGGAAUAUGUACCAUGGAACUACUCAAGCUUCUAUGAGAACAAACAAUGCCACAGAAGCUUAUCAUCGUCGAAUUGGUUCAGUAUUUCAAUGUGCACAUCCAACAUGA